UGGAAGAAAGGUGUCAGUUCAUUUAUUAAAACUAAAUUUUAUAUAAAGAAUGUUGCAUGAACUUUUGUUAUCACUUUGGGGUUGUUCUACCAGCAUCACACACAUUAUUGACACAGAUCCGUUACAACUUGAUAAUUAUCUUCAUCCCGGAGAAAGAGUUUUAAUUAAUUCCAUUCUAAAAAUAGUUAAGGAAUGUAAUAUAAUAAGAAAAUUUAUUAAAAAAAAUAGUUCUUUCGAUGAAUCCAAUUCAUUGUUGAAGGGACUUUAUCUUACAUCACUUUGUAAUGGGAUGGAUAAAGCUUUAGAGCCUUUUAGAGAAGAUGUUGUUGAUAUGGAAAGAAUCAUUUUAAAUGAUGGAUAUACUCCAGUAUCUAUGAUUCUUUGUAGACUUCAAAAAUAUUUAUCUUUAUUUUCAGUCCUUAAUAAUAUUAUUAAAGAUAUUGAAUUUCAAAAUUUACAUGGCUGUAAAAUCUUACAAUGCCUACAUCACUAUGUUCAUACAGGUGUUCCUCAAAUAAAACAAGCACUUGAAAAAAUGACCCAUUGUGUUCAUGUUGUUUUUUAUAAGCAUUUAACUAGUUGGUUGCUGUAUGGACAUCUUGAAGAUGUACAUAGAGAAUUUUUUAUUCAAAAAACAGAAAAAACUAUUGAUAUGAUUAUCAAAGAUGAAAAGGAUAAAGAUAAAGAUAAAGACACUGAUAUUGAAAAGGAUAAAAAAAUUUUUUCUAAUGAAAUGUGGGAUUAUGAUAUUAAUGUAGAAGUACUACCUUAUUAUAUUAGACCAUCAUUAGCUGUAAAAAUUUUAACAAUUGGUCAAACAAUAAUUAUGUUUGGUAAUGAUCCUCGCCAAAAAAAAGAUCUAAAAGUCAUAACUAAUGCCGAAAAUUUGAUAUGGGGUGAAAAGGAAUAUGAAUAUUUUGAAAAACUUCGGGCUCUACAGGCAAAACCAACAUUCGCGCUCGUUGAGUUUGAAAGGACAGUUGAUGAAUUAAAGCAUUGUGUAACUCAACAUUUAUGGCAUGUCGCUGUUGAAGAGGCUCAACUUGUCAAUUGUCUUAAACUCAUUAAAGACUUUUACUUAAUGGGACGUGGAGAUAUGUUUCUUGAAUUUAUCAGAUUGGCAACACAUAUACUUGAUAAAAUCCCAACAAAUCAUACAUCUCGUGAUAUAAAUUUAGCUUUUCAAAUGGCUUUAAGAAAGGCUCAAUCUGCAGAUGAAACUGCACUGGAAUGUUUUACCUUUGCUGUUCCCAGUUUACCCUCCAACAAAGAUGAAGUAAUUGGAGAAGUAAAAGAGCAACACAAUACUGUUAAUACAGAAUUUUCAGAAAAGGAAAGAGAAGAUCCUAUAGAUAAAAAAGGUUGGGGUUUGAUAAUGUUAAAAUAUAAAGUAACUUGGCCAUUACAUUUAUUAUUUAACCCAUCGACUCUUGGAAACUACAAUAUUUUAUUUAGAUUUUUAUUGCGUGUGAAAAAAACACAAAUUAAUUUAUGGAAUCUAUGGCGAGAUCAUAUGAACUCAAAAACUAUAGAUAUUGAUGUAAUACAAUUACGUAACAAUCUCAUUUUUAUCGUUGAUAAUUUACAAUAUUAUCUUCAAGUUGAUGUUAUAGAAAGCCAAUACACUAUAAUGGAAAACAAUAUGAAAAAUACUCGCAACUUUGAAGAUGUUCAAAAAGCACACGCAUUAUUUUUAAUAAAUGUCAUGUCUCGAACUUUUUUAAUGAGUAGUGAAAGAGCUGACAAAAGAAAUCCAGUGAAUAAAUUAAUUAGGUUACUAUUACGUCUGUGCGAUGAUUUUAUUCGCAAUGCUUCUGUUUGGGAAAUAGAGAAUUUACUUGAAACUGAAAAACUUGAAUUAAAAUCACUAAAUGACGUAUUGGAUGGAUUGAUGAGUUGGUUGACAAAAACAUUAAACAGAGUUCGUGCUCAACCUAGUGGAGAACAUUUGGCACAAUUAUUAUUAAGGCUUGACUACAACAGGUGGUUUAGCAGUAAAAAAUUAUAGUGCAUCAGAAGAUC